AUUUGCUGGAGAUUGGUAUUGUUCAUUAUAAUGCAGAAUGAAAGGCGAUAACUUGUAUUCAGAGUGGUAUUAUAAUGGCUAGUCAGGAAAAUAGCCGAAAUGGGUACAUGAGAAUAAGACUAACGGUUUUGUGUGCAAAGAAUCUGGCCAAAAAGGAUUUUUUUCGUAAGUAUAAAAGUCUCCCUGACCCAUUCUGCAAGAUCAGCGUUGAUGGCUCUGGCCAAUGCCAUUCGACGGAGACAUGUAAGAACACACUCGACCCCAAGUGGAAUCAGCAUUAUGAUUUGUACGUUGGGCAGAAGGAUUCUGUCACGAUCAGCGUGUGGAACCACAAGAAGAUCCAUAAGAAACAAGGUGCUGGCUUCCUAGGAUGUGUGCGUAUUAUGUCAAAUGCCAUCCAGCGGCUCAAGGACACCGGCUUUCAGCGUCUUGACCUCCAGAAGAAGAACCCCGUGGAAGGUGAGACCGUACGAGGACAGAUUGUGAUCAGUCUCAUAUCACGUGAUAGAGGAUCGGGGAUUGGGCCGUCUGUCAAUGAUGUCUCUGAUGCCAUAACUAGAGAUCCUAAUGAGUUACCUGAAGGUUGGGAGGAGCGACGGACGGCCGCUGGUAGGAUUCAUUAUGUCAACCAUAUUACUAGAACAACACAAUGGGAUAGGCCGACACGGCCUGCUAUUGAGUUCAUCAAUGAGAGACAAGGAUCUAGCUCACUAUCUCACAGCACGGGGGCGACCACUGCCCAACGGCUUAGUGCCAACCAAAGACUGCAUAGCCUCAGAGAGAAUCAAACGACUAGUAAUUCAAACGUCACACCGCCAACAACAACAACGACAACGUGUAGUACGCCGGAACGGGAUAAUGUGAACGUUAGUCCGAGUAACAGUACUAGUCAUACGCCGGAUAUGAACAUGAGUUCUAGUGUUGGUCACUCAGGUGGUGGUAGUGGUGCUGGGAUGCAAAGGGAAGGAGAUCGGAGGCGAAGAUCAACACGACAUAGGAAUUAUUUAAAUCGGUCACAAUUACAUCAAGCGAUUGAGCUGCCUGACGGAUAUGAACAAAGAACGACGCAACAAGGGCAGGUUUAUUUCCUCCACUCACAAACUGGUAUUAGUACGUGGCAUGACCCCCGCGUACCUAGGGAUGUAGCGAAUGUCCCCGAGGCAGACAUAGGUCCAUUACCAUCUGGCUGGGAGACGCGGUAUACGGCUAAUAACCGUAUAUACUAUGUUGAUCACAAUAACCGAACAACACAGUUUACCGAUCCCCGAUUGUCAAUUAAUCCUGACGUAUUACGGCGACUGUGCACAAACAACUCUAGGAAUAUACACAUGAGUAACAACCAUGAUAAAGAAAAUGAGUCACCCGCUCCCAAGUAUAAACGAGACUUAGUUCAAAAAAUGAAAAUCUUACGCCAAGAACUUCAAACGUUACAGCCGCAGUCUGGCCAUUGUAGGAUAGAGGUAUCAAGAGAGGAAAUAUUUGAAGAAUCUUAUCGUCAGGUUAUGAAAAUGCGGCCAAAGGAUUUGCGGAAAAGAUUGAUGGUAAAGUUCCGUGGAGAGGAAGGUCUGGAUUAUGGAGGCGUGGCUAGGGAAUGGCUGUACCUGUUAUCUCAUGAAAUGCUCAACCCUUACUAUGGCCUCUUCCAGUACUCGAGGGAUGAUAUAUACACGCUACAAAUCAAUGCAAAUUCGGGAGUGAAUCCGGAACAUCUGUCUUACUUCCAUUUUGUUGGAAGAGUGAUGGGAAGUGCCAUAUUCCACGGUCACUACAUCGAUGGUGGAUUCACCAUGCCUUUUUACAAACAACUGCUGGCUAAACCUAUAGCGCUCGACGACAUUGAGAAUGUCGAUCCUGAGCUUCAUAGGAGUUUAGUUUGGAUGCUAGAAAAUGAUAUUACCGAUGUGAUUCACAAUACGUUUAGUGUGGAACAUGAAGCAUUUGGAGAGCUGAAACAACUCGAGCUGAAACCAGGAGGCAAAGAUAUCAAUGUCUCUGAAGACAACAAGAAGGAAUAUGUAAAGUUAUAUGUAAACUGGCGGUUUAUGCGAGGCAUAGAAGCGCAGUUCCUUGCGUUGCAGAAAGGUUUCAAUGAGCUGAUACCACAACAUCUACUCCGGCCAUUUGAUGAGCGGGAACUCGAGUUGAUGAUUGGUGGCCUAGGUAAAAUAGAUAUUGAUGACUGGAAGGCUCACACACGAUUAAAGCACUGCACACCAGACAGUAACAUUGUGAAGUGGUUCUGGAAAGCAGUAGAUGACUUUGACCAGGAGAAGCGAGCGAGACUGCUACAGUUUGUGACGGGGAGUUCACGAGUUCCAUUACAGGGAUUCAAAGCAUUGCAGGGGUCAACAGGUGCAGCAGGACCGAGACUCUUCACCAUCCACCAGGUGGACAUCAGCACGGCUAACUUACCCAAAGCUCACACGUGCUUCAAUCGCAUUGAUAUCCCACCCUAUGAAGACUUUGACAAGAUGAUGGAGAAACUCACAUGUGCUGUGGAGGAAACGUGUGGCUUCGCUGUCGAAUGAGCAAAGCCAACUUGUUGAAAGGAUGUUAUCACGUGAUUGUAUAAAGCCUGUUAGCACUCGGCCCAAGGAUCAAGGCAGUUCUUGUUGGGAGUGUGGCUGACUGGAUGUUGUCCUGGACUUGUCGGGUUCACUGGCCUCAAGCUGUGUAACAAAAAUCUGGUUGUUAAGGGUUCUUGAUGUGGAAAUACCCACAAAUCUGGCUGGUUAAAUCACCAUGGAGUGGUUUAUCGGUUUAGUGGUUCAAAGACUUGAGAGACGAAAAUAGGAAAAUCUGUGAAUAUGGACUGUUUAUCUUUGCUACGUUCCAAGACUUGUUCUACAUUUUAGAUAAGGGGCGUCUUAGCUGCUCAACUGAUGCGGACAGUGAUAGCUUGCUUUAGCUGCGUGUAUUCACGUUGAUAUACUGUGGUUGAUCUGAUCCAUCCUGCUCAUGACUUGUCUGGGGGAAAUGGCAUCUGCUGACAUGUAGAUUCACUUUGUAAGUGCUGUGUUCUGGUUGUAGAUAUUCUUCAGAAUAAUAUCAUGUGUGAUGUAGCAUCUUCUAGAAUCAUAUUGAAGUAUUCUCCACCAUUUGCUCAAAAUAUGUGAGGGUCAUCACAGUCAUUUCUAGCCUUUCUAGCUAGGUAUGUCGCCAAGAUACUAUGUAUAAUUAGGAAUGAUGGCAUAAUAGAGACAAGUUGAAAGGAAUCUUGAAUAGAAUGGUGCCAUGUGAGGCUCUCCAGCCAUGUUGUUCUCAUCAGAGUUGAGGAGAACUCGUGGUGGAUAGAAUGUUUGCCCUCAUUUGUCCCGCUAUCACUAUAGACAUUACUGAUGAAACAUAGGAGGUGUUCUUAAAGUCCAGUGACUUGCCUGGCUUGGUCAUAGAACUCCAUGCAAUUUUUGUAUUUAUUAUUUAAGAUGUGAAUGUUUUGAGAGGGGCGCUGUGUGAGUUAUUUGUAAGGAUUCAGGCUGAUUUCACUGGCAGUUCCGUGCGAAAGUUCCUUUCCUGGAACUCAGCGAAGUCAGCUUCGAUCCAUAGAAAAGAAUUUCAUGAUAAAACAUGCUGCUCUUAUAAUGUAUAAUAACUUGUACUAUUUGUUUCUGAUCAAGUUAAAGGUAGCCAAAAUGCCAAGUGAUUGAUUUGGCCUUUGGCUCUCAUCAAAUGAAGCUAGCUCUAGCUUGAUAUUGUUUAUGUGAGGGUGCUAUUCAUGUUCAUACUGAGCCUUGGUACAGAGCUGCCUACCCGGAGCCUUGGUACAGAGCUGCCAACCCGGAGCCUUGGUACAGAGCUGCCAACCCGGACACAUUUGGGGGGGGGGGCAUUUACAGAUUGCUGGGCCAGUCUAUAGUUUGUGGUAGCUCGGGUGGGUGAGGCAGUUCUAUUCACACUGAGCCAUUGUAGCUUGCCGGGGUGGUUGAGGCAGUUCCAUUCACAUUGAGCUGUGGCAGAUAAGGUGGGAAGGGCUGUCCUAUUCCUGUUCAUGCCAAGCUGUGGUAGUUAGGAUGGGUUUGGUACAAUGAUUCAGUGAAGAAUGUGGCUGCUUCAAGUUUGUUUGAAAUAAUUUUAUUACUUUCAAUAAUAUUGUAACAUACAGAUGAAUCCCAGGGCUAGGCUAUCAGAGUCUGCUUCAAGUUCUGGUGAGAUAGCAUAUCUUAGUGAAAGUCAUCUAACCACAUGUUGUAUCCCUGGGCAGAAGAUGUUGUUCAUGAACCAAGCGUCCAACACUCAACCAGGUUGGGUACUGUGACUGGAGAGUCUGGCUUGUCAUACUCACCAAGCUGCAGUUGCUUGACCAUGUGUCAUUACUUUCCAGUUGAUUAUGGAGCUCUGGGAUUCACCAUUCACUCUUCAUCCACUUUGCAUUUAUUAUGUUUAUAUCAAAACAAUGCUUUAGGAAAUGAUGUAAUCUGGUAGCAUCUGAAUGCGACAGAGGGGGGAUGAGUAGAGAAAAACAGAAUGUCUCUGUGUAUAGGUCUAAAGAAUUCUUGUGAAGCAUUAUUUAUGAAUCUCAUUUAUUUUUUUUUCUUGAUUUUUUGUGACAUAUUGAUUGUGUUAUGAACUCUAUCGUGUACUGUACAUGUCCUUUACCAAAUCUCUGAACCAGUCACAUGAUGUCCGAAGCUAUUGCAGAGUUUCUAUGCUUGUUUACUGAGUGGAUGAGAGAGUUGAAUGAAAACUUUGAUAAAAUGUAAAGCUACGUGACUGCUCUGUUUCAAGGAAAAUUCUAAUCGAGAGCAGCGAAAUUCAGUGCUGAACUUGUAAAUGCCUGAUAUUUUAUUGGGUGCCCUCGUUAAAUGAGUAAUGCAGAAGUGGAACAUCCGACCUUGUAAGAAAACACGCAAUAUUCUCCUGUUUUUUGUCAUUUGAAUGAUUUUCUUGGAUCUUUUGUAAAAUAUGUCUGUGUAUUUAAUAAGACCUUGUGGGUCACUUUGUAAUUGCAUUGUAAAUAGGCAUGUAGCCAGUCCUGUAGAAUUUGUACAAAAUCAUUUUAAGUGAAGAUGACAAUUAAAUUGGCAUUUUGGUUACUGAGUCUAA